GCCGACAGAUUGGUCGGUCUCUUUCAACCACUAUUCGGCGCGGCUAAUCUUUUAUACCUCAGUUUUGAGCGAGCGGGCCGAGGUGGAUCCCGCACGAAUCACGAGAACUCGAGCCAAUGCACCGGGUGGAGGCUUCUACGAGCCAUGCAGCCAAUCUUUUGGCGCAAAUCCCAUGGCUGCCAAACUCUAGUCGGCUGAUUUUGUCCUUGGCAAUCGGCUUUUUAGAAGCGGCCGGGUCUGGCUCCCUCCAGUUUUUGGACGUCUUUGCUACCCCGUGGGAAACCCCGGAUUUGACAGACUGGGCUCUGCUAGACGAUUUCAGCUUUCGUGGACUAUAAAACCUCCGAAAAUGCUCGGAAGCCCCAGAAUCUUUCUGUCGAUCGUCCCCGUUGAAUGUGCU